UUUGCCUCACCCAGUUAAUGACCAUGCGGUUCAGGAUCUUGUUCUUCUGCAAGGUUAACCUCGCCAACAGGUUAACCCUGCAAUUGCAACAAGUUCGUUCCUAUGCCCGCAAUCCCUUUCCCAACAGAGUCUCUCACUACCUCUACCGUGCCAAGCUCAUUGACUCCAUUCGACUCUCUCUGCGCUCGAACAACCCCAACUCACUCUCCACUCUCCUGAACGAUCGUCUUCUUGAUUCCUUCGUUAUCACUCAGGCCCUGCGUUCUGCUCCUUCCGCCGACUCUGCUAUCUCUUUUCUCAAUGCCCUUCAGGAAAGUCCCCGUUUUUCGCAUACCCAACACACCCUUCAUGCUCUUGCUACUGUUCUUGCCAGGUCUGGUCGAACCUCUGAGCUCAACUCCCUCAUUGAUGCUAUUCGUGCCAAACAGUUCGGCAAUGUUAAGAUCAGCUUCAUGAAUCUCAUGAACUGGCAUGCUGCUGCUGGGGACCUUGAUUCUGUUCUUGCUGUUUGGGAUGAGUAUAGGCUUGCCAACAACCGUGUCUGCACUGAGUCUUAUAACAUUGUCAUGGCUCUUUCUGCGCAAAUGGGGAAGGACUAUGAAGUUGUAAGAUCAUUCUAUAGGAUGAUUGAUGAAGGAUUGCUUCCUAAUUGCAGAAGCUAUAGUAUAGUAAUUGAGCACCUUGUAAAAUCUGGAAAAGUAUUGGAAGCAUUGGAGGUUUUUAAAAUGCUGCCUUCAAUGAGGAUCAAACGCACUUUGAAACAGUACACUGUUCUGAUUGACUGUUUCAUUGCCUGCAAACGGUUUGAUGAAGUGAAAACCUUGCUUGAUGAAAUGCAAAUUGAUGGAAUACUGCCAAGUCGAGCAAUGUGUUUGUUGCUUCAGAAGAUGCAGGAGGAAGGAUUUCUCAAAGAGAGUGUCUUAUUGUUCAGGGAAACUCUGCAAGAUGAAAGAAUAAAGAAUGUGAUAUAUUCUGUAGAAAGAUGUGUUGAUGAUGAGGAAGAGGAUGAAGAUGAAAAUGUAAGCCAUGCUAGUCAAUGUGAUCAUACUGAUGAGGUUCAGUUAAAACCAUGGAUGGAUCCACAUGCUUUGGCUAGUGCCUUACAGAAUUGGAGUCCUGAUGAGGUAUCGGCACUUGAGGGUGCAAACUUUGUGUGGACAACCAGGUUGGUCUGCAAGAUACUUAGAAGUUUCAAGUCACCAGAAACCGCAUGGAAUUUCUUCUGUUGGGUUGCUUGUCAACCAGGUUUCACGCAUGAUAUAUACACAGUACAAAGAAUUAUGACCCUUCUAGCACGCCAUGGUCGUACUGAAUUGGUUGAUAGGCUCAUCUCCAAAAUCAGAAUGGAGGAAAUGAGACUGCCAUUCAGCACCAUCAGGCUAAUCAUCGACUUUUAUGGGAUUUCAAAAAAUGCUGAUGCUGCUCUAAAGGUUUUCAAUGAUGUUCGAAUACUUUGUGGGCCCAUAUCAAAAUCUAAUCUGAUGCUUUUGUAUUCUUCUCUCUUAAGAACAUUAACCAAAUGUGGAAGGAAUUCCGAUGCCCUGGAUAUACUCGAUCAGAUGAUCUUGAAUGAUAUUUGCCCUGAUAUGCAAACCUUUUCAGGACUAAUGCACUAUUUUUCGAACCUUGGGGAUAUAAAAACAGUGCAGAGACUCUUUGCAAUGGUUAGGCAGAGUGGUGUGGAGCCAGAUGCUUAUCUCUAUAAGGUGCUUAUCCAAGGUUACUGCAAGUCAAAAAGAGCUGCACUAGCAUGGAGGCUAUUUGAAGAUAUGAGGAAUUCAGGUCUGAUGCCUGAUUCUGCCACAAAAGAAUUGCUAGUGAAAAGCCUCUGGAAAGAAGGGAGACGAAGAGAAGCUGCAGCUAUUGAAGAGAGUUGUGAGGAAGUAAAUGUGGUACUUCCGCAUGCAUUGCGUGGUCAUGAAUGGACUGUCAGCUCUGCUGAUCUCUCAAAAGUUUAUAAUCUUUAUUCCGAUUGUUUUGCUUCAAAUGGUGGCUAGAGUUAUAGACGGGGUCUGAUAUGAUAGAUUUUUGGUUUCUUCGUUUAUCAAACUUCAGCACACACUCUAACAGGUAUGAAACAUACAGAAUCCCUUAACUUGGGAUUUGAAGGGAGGAGGUGGUAAGGGAUGCAAAAUAUUGUUUAAAAUUUCAGUUUUCAGUAAAUAUUUGUGUUCUGCAAACUCGUUUUGACCAGAGCAUCAGUUAAUAUUCAAAAGUGAGCCCUUGUUGUACUGGCUAGUGUAGGUUUCUUUGUAUGUAAUUACUUAUUAGUCAAGUGCCUGAAAUUAACUUUGCUUAAUCAUAAUUAAUGAAUGACUAGUUGA